CUUUCCCUUAAUCGCUACAUAAUGCUGAUUAUAUUAGAACCAUUUUUGUAUAUUCGCCUUCAAUUUUGUGUCGCCAUAUAUACCUGAUAAUGACCUUAUUUGACCGAUUCCUACAAAAGCAAUUUGAUUUUAAAUUUGCUGUGAAGAAAGUGAAGAAAAUAAGUAUAAAAAUGUCAGUUUUAGUUAAAACGACCACAAGUAUUAUUAAAGAAAUUAAGAAUAACGCGAAAAUAGUAAACAUUUGUGGAAUAAAGUAUUUGUGUAAUUAUAAACAUAUAAGUUCUAAUUACUGUCUGAUUUCGAAGGAAACAUCGUUAUCAAAAAUACUGAUCUCUUUUCAAAAUGUUAUUCAAAAUCAGAGGAGAAAUAUGUCUAUGUGUGAAAGUCAAAAGCAAGAGUUGGUGAGUGUAAACGAAUCCAGGCGUUUUAUGAUCGAUUGUUUUAAGGCAUUUGGUGUUCCGCAAAUUCAUGCCGAACAACAGGCUGAUUUAUUAGUCGCAGCUGACUAUCGCGGUCAUUUCAGUCACGGUUUAAAUAGACUGGAAUAUUAUUUAAAUGAUCUUUCAAAAAAAUCUACUGAUGGCGCUGCUGUUCCAAAAAUUUUAAAAGAAACUCCAGCCACAGCUUGGGUUGAUGGUUGUAAUGGAUUAGGUGCCGUUAUUGGAAAUUUCUGUAUGGAUUUAGCCAUUAAGAAAUCUAAAACUGCAGGUGUCGGUUGGGUUUGUGUCAAAAACUCCAAUCACUAUGGGAUGGCUGGGUGGUAUCCGAUGAAAGCAAUGAAAGAAGGUUUUGUAGGCAUUUCCAUGACUAAUACAUCGCCGUUAAUGGCGCCAACGCGUGCAAAGGAGGCCGCUCUUGGCACAAAUCCUAUUGCAGUUGGUGUACCCGCCGGAGACGAUCACUUUUUACUUGACAUGGCUACGACGGCAGUAGCAUUGGGAAAAAUUGAAAUUCAACGUCGCAAAGGUGAAGAUAUACCUGAAGGUUGGGCACAGAACGUUGAAGGUGCUUCAACCACUGACCCUGAACAAGCAUGUUGUUUGAUGCCAUUGGGCGGCGCUGAAGGGAAUUCCGGUUAUAAGGGUUAUGGUCUUGCUUCUGUUGUGGACAUUUUGACCGGUGUCAUGGCUGGAGCGAAUUAUUCAACUAAAAUACGUAAAUGGAAUGCACUUGGCUGUAAUGAACAAGCUGAUUUAGGACAAAUGUUUGUUGCAAUUAAUCCCAAUUGUUUUGAUCCGGACUUUGAGACAAAUAUGUGCGACUUGAACAGCCGCUUGCGCAAUUCUAAACCCAUUGAUCCAGAAAUGACCGUUUUAGUAGCCGGAGACAAGGAAGAAGAUAACAUGAAAGCGGUAGAUAAAGCCGGAGGCAUAAAGUAUUUACCUGAUCAGUUGAGAACGUGCAAAGAAUUGGCACAACGUUUAAAUGUGAAGCCACUUAGUUUUAUAUGAACUAAACAAUAAAAAAUUCAAUACUAUUAUUGCAUUAAAAUUAAAAAACAUAUAGUUUUUUAAAAGUAUUAACCCAAGAUUUUUUUACCCACCACGGGUGCAACCCAUUUUGUCAUAAUGUUUGCAACACCUAGAAGAGUGGAGGUACUGGAGGGUUUGACAAUAUUUGGCUGGAGUUGGAGCACCAACUGCGCGUUAGGUCGCGGUUUAUGAGUGAUACAGCAAGUAAAUCUAUCGGCAAAAUCGAUACUUCGUUGCUUUCGGGCCGAAUUCUCUCUAAGUUUAGAAAUUUGCGGCUUACAGUCGCACUUAAAUACCUGUUGUAGCAGACUACCAAGAAGUGUCGCAAAAUGCAACAACAAGAUUCAACAGACCCUCGUUGUGUAAACAUGUCGACACCAUAAGAAUCAUUCAUUUAAAUAUUUAAGAUACAGUUCAGGCAAUUAGCUUAGACUGUCCCGCCUUACCGUUCCAAAAAAUGAGAAAGAAAUUAAUUUAUUACAAGAU